CGAGCCGCGCGAAAGACCUCAAAGCGCCAAGAUGGCGGCGCCGGUGAGCGAUACCGGGGAGUUUGAAAGCUGGCUAAAUGAUCGCCUGGACUCGUUAGAAGUAGACCGUGAGGUUUAUGGAGCUUACAUUUUAGGAAUCCUACAAGAAGAAGAGAGUGACGAGGAGAAAAACGAUGCGCUGGAGGGAAUUUUAUCCGCAUUUCUGGAUGAAGGUGCCAUGGGAGAUGUGUGCAAGCAGAUCAUUGAUCAGUGGGCAGAGUAUUCCAGCAAGUCCGCAGGGAGGCGAAAUCCUGACGAUGCUGAGGUCCAGGCCAUCGCCACCAUGAUAGAGAAGCAAGCCCAGAUUGUGGUGAAACAGAAGGAGGUGUCCGAGGAGUCCAAGAAAAGGAAAGAAGCCCUACUUGCUCAAUAUGCAAACAUAACAGAUGAAGAGGAGGAAGCUGAAGGAGAACCAACAACUGGAAAUGACCUUCCUGGAAAUGAAAGAUCCUUGUUCAGAAACACAAACGUGGAAGAGGUGCUCACCCGGCAGAAGCAGAAGCGGGACCAGGCUCGUGAAGAUGCUCAGAAGAAGAAAGAAACGGACAAGAUGCAGCGGGAGAAGGACAAACUAGCCAAACAAGACAGGAAGGAAAAGGAGAAGAAGCGUACACAGAAAGGGGAACGCAAAAGAUAAAACCACAAAAAAGGACACUUUACAUGCAAAAUCUGUUUUAUUUCUACAACAAAAAAGGAAUGAAACCUAGAAACGUUACCUCUUUACAGCUAAGCCUUUGUAUGAAAAUCAUGUUCGUCAGACCCUUGUUAACGAGUUUCAUGCAAGACGACGUGAAUUUUCCACUUUGACCCAGAUUAUCGUCUCAGAAUUAAGAUGCGAGUUUUUAUAAAACAUGAUCAAAUAGUCGUAUUGAUGCUAACUGUACUCUGUUAUUAAACAAUGGUGUGUUGUGAAAGCUUCGCCCUCAAAUAACCGAAGCAACAGACGAAACAAUUAGAUUAUUGUGGAAAAGUCAAACAAAACGCAAUCCAGUCUAGUGUUUCCUGUUCACUUUUUGUGCCAACCUCUUAAAAAUCCUCACUUUCACGUCUAAAGGCAAGUUGUUUACAGCUUUUGGUUUUUGUUUCACUUCCUUUACAUUGUGUCUUAACAAAAGAUGUUAAAUACCUCAGAGAUAACGUGCACCACCAUAUAAGUGUUUGAGGUUUUUCUUAAAAUGACUAAUAAAAAACCAUUUUCAGACA